AUGGUACGGAGAAUCUUCUCUGUUACGCCUGUACAGGCAGCGACAUACUUGAUUGGGGUCUGUCUCUUCUCCAUCUCGUUCUUGGUCUUCCUCAAUAGCUCCGUCUCGUUUGUCAUCACGAACCGCAUUAAGCUCCAUCAUGAAGUUGGCGAUGCCGUCGGCACGCUUGGAUUUGCGGAUGAGCUUGUAGCCCUGGUGGCAUGUCCAAUAUGGGGCGUCUUGUCUGAUAGAAUUGGGGUUCGAACGGUGUGCGUGCUUGGCUAUGCGAUUGUCGGUCUGGCUCUGUUCCUGUUCGUUCAAGCAAAGAAUAUAUACCCCCAGCUCCUUUUAGCUAGGAUAUUCUUCAGUGUGGGUGGCGCAGCUACUGCGACGAUGGUAACAGCCAUUCUGCCCUCAAUGACGACAAAGUACCCGGCUACCAACUCCACAAGACACGAGGGCAGCUCGCAACAAACUCAUAUACCUACUCCAUCGCUCUCUUCCGAACUGACCAUCACCCCUGAGAGACUUGGACGCGGUAGAAAGCCGACCCCAGUAGAGCAGAACAUGGCACCGCCAGAGAAAGCGGCGCCGGCGCGACUUGCUGGAUUGGUGGGCAUGUUUACCGGCUGUGGAGCUCUGAUUGCGCUACUACUCUUCUUGCCUAUCCCCGCGAGAUUCGAAGCCGGUGGCACAUCACCUAGCCAGGCUGUUGCAAACAGUUACUAUGUUGUCGGAACCGUAGCCCUCCUGGUAUCGGUGCUCUGCGGACUAGGUCUACGGAACUUGGCCGGCGAAGAGAACAAAGGAUGGAAAUCGUUACUUCAUAAAAAGUCACCAAGAAAGGACGGCGAGAGCAACAGUGAUGACAACGACAACAACGACGGUAGAGGUAGCAAAAGCGAAGACUUCCCACUUUGGAGACUCCUGGCCGACUCAGUCAGUCUGGGAUUCAAGGACACAAACAUCGGGCUAGGCUACCUGGGCGGCUUCGUAGCCCGAGCCUCUUCGGUCGGCAUAGCUCUAUUCAUCCCACUCUUUGUCAACGCGUACUUCGUUUCAUCUGGACUCUGCACUGGCCACGGCUCGAGCGACGAAGGCGGCGAGUUGAAAAAGAAUUGCGCACAAGCAUACGUUCUCGCUGCCGAAAUCACAGGCGUCUCACAGCUCAUCGCACUCCUCUGCGCACCGUUUAUCGGCUUCCUCUCCGACCGAUAUCCCCGUGGCAACAUUCCACUUCUCGUAUCCGCCUUACUUGGCGUAGUAGGCUACAUCAGCUUCGGCUUCUUGAAGAGUCCCGAGCCUAGUGGCCCUCACGGCACCCCCGCCAUCUUCUUCAUCGCCGCUUUACUAGGCAUUUCGCAAAUCGGCGCCAUCGUAUGCAGCCUCGGGCUCUUGGGCCGUGGUAUUCUCGGCUUGCUACACCAUGACGCCGCCGACGAAGAUGGCAACGAACACACAAAGCAAGAAGCUCACCGUCAGCAACAAGCCACAGACAGCACCAAUGGGACGUUUCAAUCUCCUCAGCCGACCGAAGCGCAGCCAUCUGCGGCCCCGCGAGAUUCUACAGUCCGAGAUCCAAACAGCGCCGAGCCCGCCGAGGCUAUCACUGAAGAAACUGCUCUUCUAGCUGCUGCAUCUACUCCACCGGCUGGUGCCGCAGACGAUUCGUUAUCCCCCGAGCAGCAGCAGGAGUAUCAGAAUCAGCAAAAGUCACAUAGUCGCAGUCAUCUCAAGGGGUCCAUAGCAGGAACAUAUUCCCUCGUUGGCGGCGCGGGAAUCUUGCUUUUGACGAAACUCGGCGGAUUCCUCUUCGACAAGGUGACGCCCGGUGCGCCAUUCUUUAUGCUUGCCAUUUUCAAUGGCAUUCUUUUACUCGUGGGAGCAGCUGCAGCUGUCGCGCACGAAAUCGUGCGUCGGCAGAACCGGCACAGUUUGCGAGAUUAA